AUGGAUGUCAAGAUGAGUGCCCCAAUGCUUGGCAAGCUCCGGUUUGCUACCGUGCAGGAUGCGUCCGAUAUAUUCGAGCUCGUCAACGAAUCUAUGUCGAAAAACUUCCGCAUACGUCAAGUGUACGAUGUAAUUGUUCUUAUAGAGUCCUGCACGUUAUCUAUUGUUCAACUCAAUGUAAAAAAUGUAAUAGUCGGAUUUUUAGCCGCAAAAGAACAUCCUUUACUUCCUGCGGUCCACCCGGCUGCGUGGGAACACUAUAUCUGGACUAAAUACAAAACUAUAGAAAUGACUGCCCGGAAUACGCUUUUCCUCCACCUCCUUUGUUGGUGCAAGCUGUACGGGCGCGAAGUAGUCGACAGCUUAUUGAAGAGUUUGUUCAUGCAUGACGCUUACCUGAUGAACGUGGCUUUCAUUAAGAGUAUGCCUAAAUAUCCAAUGCUGAUGCCAGGACAAAGUCGCUGCGAGGGUUCUUUCCGGCGAAUAUCCGCCGCUGAACGCGGAUUGCCGCCCGACCUGAUGCCCUCGCUCUGGUUGGCUGAACGUGCAGAAGUGUGCCCCAGGCUCAGGGUGCGAAGAGCUGUCGAGGAGGACAAUGACGACUUGGUUCCAAUAAUUAAUCAGCAUUCCACGCGCUUGCGGGAAUUGUACGGCGUUUAUAUCAGCGAACUGAUAUCCCGGCAUCCAGAAUCUGAAAGGCUUCUUUUAGUUGGUGAGGGUCACGAAUUGGCAGUCGGAGUGAUGAUCCUGAACACAAUGAUCGACUACCGGUCUUUGGAAGAGAGUUUUGAUCUCUGUCCUUUCGCGGGACUUCGGCAUUUGGAAGGGAAGCCUGUUAUUUCAUACGUCAACUCUUCUGCGGAAAUUUUAGGGACCAUCAAGGCAGAAGAGCGUGAUUCGAAUACUUUGAGACUUGGGAAUCUCGUUCCCCCCUGCGAUGAUUCAGAGCAGAAGAAGCAUACCUUAAUCUGGGGCUUGAGCGCCGACAAUUCGUUUUACGAAAUCGAUGAGUUGAUCUUCCCUCUGCCGAUGGUGGACAACGAUGACGACCUCGGAGAAUACGACAUUGUCAACAUCACUAACGAGCUGAUGCGGAUACCUAGGCCGCUCUCCGUGGAACUUAAUCUAGUCUUCGAGUUUAAGUCGGACAAGACUCUACAAGCCACCCCUAAGGAAACGGUCACCACUCAAGAGCCUGAUAAGCCUAUAAAAGUCAUAUCAGCCGAUAAAAUGCGUCCCCGUCAAGCGUUUGAAAUCGUUCGCUUCUCGGGGACCCCGAACGCUUUUCUGUUAGAAGUGUUUGCGAUGCACCCUGAUUAUGACGAAAGAUAUGGGUACGAUAUUCUGCAGACAGCUUUCGAGAUGUUUCCCGACAGAGAUUAUUGUGUGUUGUGUAUCCCCUCCAACCAGCCGGCCUUUCCUCUCCUAGAACACUUUACGCUAGUAACACCUAAACACUAUCGAGAGAAGUACACGAACCAAUCGCUGUAUGUGGCGCAUGUUAACUCCGUACGCGAGAGUGUGGCAGUUCGUCCAGCAGAAGCGUUCGACUUCCCGUCAAUGGCUCAGAUCCUUGAGCACGUUCAAGACAGACACAACAUAAUUCGGCUCUUGGAGAAGAGUCUCGUUUCGGACGAAUUGAGCGCUUAUGUGCUGCUGAGCCAGCGGCAGGCUGUUGGAGUCGUUAUUCUCGAGUCUUUAGAUAAUUGUGUUGGGGUCCGAACGCAAUACGACCUAGAACCUGAACCAAGAAGCGCAGGCACCGACGGAGCGAUCGUGGCAGGCGUACUUUCGCCUGCCUUGGAGCCCCACGCGCGCUGGUUUCUCCGCGACCUCAUACGCCAGUCGAAAUUCUACAAUUUAUUCUGGCCGAGCCAGCUAUCGAAAACUGGCAAGUAUACCAGCCGACACAUAAUGUCGCUAGCAGGAAGAAUGGUUCCCAUCGUGCCGUACCGCCAUUUCAUGCCAAAUAUCACCGGGAUCGAAUACCUGGAUAAAGUGAGGACUUCAACCACAAGUUGCGCCCUGUUUGGCAUUGAGACCCCCUUGACAGCGUUACCCAAAGUGGAUGUGAACCAUGGAAUCGUGGUGGUUGGUGCCAGCCGAACUGGACUGGCCUUUAUAGAAUCUCUACUGAUGGGUCCUGCAUCCCGUUACCUGACGUUUACGAACAUAACCCUUGUCUCCGAGCACGGUCUCCCGAUGCUCUGUGAAUGUAUACCUGCGGCAGAGACCUGCGUGCCGAGGAGUGGUCGCUACACGGACCGGUAUCUGAAGAGCCUCCCUCUGUAUUACUAUGUCGACUGUAUUACUGGCGUUUUGGUCGAGAUUGACAGAAAGAAGAAGUUCAUCCGACUUUGCAGUGGGGCGGUGAAGUAUUAUGACGAGCUGGUGUUGACGUGCGGUCAACAGUUCCAACAUCCAGAUUAUUUGGCGGAGUCCUUCGCUCAUAGCAAAAAGGUGGGUAAGGGCAAGCCCUGUGAGAGGACAUUGAUGGACAACCCCAAGUACCGGCCAGACAAAGUGCCGCCGCGGCCCGAGUUGCCCGACAACGUAUUUGUGAUUAACUCCAUGUAUGAAGCCAACCUUUGCUUGAGAAGGCUGAAGUCCAUGACAAGUGCACGUCGUGAACAGUUAAGCCCCAAUAAGCGGAUAAUCGUAUACGGAGCAUCUGACUCUUACAGCACUAUGGCGGCUCUGCUCGAGCUGGGUAUCAGUCCUCAGGAGAUCGCCUUCGUGGAGCCAUUCCCGCCGGUUGACCGCAACGUGAUGAGAGUCAACUGUUUUAAUGAUGAAUUGAUCGACGAAAGAGUUCAAGCGAGCCUAGAUAAUCUGGGAAUUGAAGUGUACCGCAAAUGUCACUUCGUAAGCUGGAACACGCAGGGCCAUCGUAUCACCAGUCUGGACGUCAUGUCGCCGCUGCACAAGAUAAAUAUACCCUGCUUCGCACUCUUUUAUUACGGCUUGAAGGCUAUUAACUAUUAUGCUUUUAAAGCGAUAAGUGAAUGCGGACUAGUAUACGACGGCGGUUUAGUUGUCGACACGAAGUUCAGGACCAAUGAUGCCCACGUGUAUGGAGCGGGCACCUGUGUUCAGUACUCGAGACGGUUGCGCGCCGACCAACAGCUGCACCGUGACCGCUGCUCCGAGGAUGUUGGCGAGGCACUUGCGAAUAUAUUUCUGCGUCAAAUGGAUCCCUUCGUAAUGGCGGACCCGGAAGCGGACAUUGCGGAUCCCAUGCCAAGAUACAGAUCCAGUUUACUGAACUGCUUCCCUCAUCCAAGUAUAGAAGCAUUGACAAGACCGUCAUUGGAAAAGAACCGAAAAUGGGAACCUGUGAUGGAGUUUGAGUCGCCUGUAUUACUUGCGGCUACAUUCCCAGGCCCACUCUAUUAUUUGCAUCUGAAGUCGCCUGGUGUGGAUUUACCAAUGGAAGUCAGACUGUCCCUGCCCCAUCAAGGCCAUGCUCUGACUACAGACAAGGACGGCAACUAUUUCCAACUGCGACUCGACGAGUUCCAUCGCAUAGAUCGCAUCACGUGCCUCGCCAAGAAGGUCCCCUGCUACGAUAUACUCUGCCAGAUCCACGGGAUACACGAGUCUCUGUUCAACAACUUGCUUGCAAGAUACAUGAUGAACAAGAUCGACGACUUUUACGAGUUCUUCAUGCAGCCCUGGAUGUCGGCGUUGUAUCAAGAAACAUUCGGAAACUUACUCAGACACAUUUGCCAGCAAAAUGUUGGGACGGUGUACGAUUUAGUGAAGUCCCACUUCUCGCUGAUCACUUGUGACGAUACGAGUUUGAAUGGAAAUGGGGUUGAAAGCUCGGAAAAGGUCACAAACACCAUAUCUUGCUCGACUGUCCAAACUUGUUACUCGGAACCGGGUUACUUCUUUUGCGCUGGGGAUGCACCAAAUCUUGGUACAGUGCGCUCAGUAAUAGAAAGGUUUAUACCCAUUUCUCACCAGUUGAAUGAGACCUUAAAGAAACAUCUUCCGUCGGAGUGCGGUCAAAGUACAAUAAUGCGAAACGACGCGCGGGCAUUCUGGAACGCUUUGGGUGGUGACCGGAUUGUGACAGCUCACCUGGCGCACUACCUCGACCGCAACCGGGUGCUGAAUCCGCAAUACGCACAGAUCAAGCCUGACCUUAUAUAGAAUUUUAACUACGGAGGACAGAAGGUUGGCACCGGCCGCGCAAAACGUACAAAAACGAUCCGAAGCAAUCACGAGUUCAGAAGAUGAUGGAGUUUUCCUGUACCAAAUCCUAUUACUAUUACUUAAUUUUCUUCAAUAAAACCUGUUUACAAA